AAGUUGCUGUGAUCGUUCCGCUGGCUACAUGGCCGUCCUAUUUCAAUGCAAGAAGGUCUAGCAGAGAAAAAAAAUCUCUCUCUCUCCUUUUUGGCUUAAUGCUAAAGUAAGAAUUGUUUUCCUUCUCCAGCAGCCGGAUAUUCGGCUAAAAAGGCUUCUUGACACAGGGCUGAACCUGGGCAGGUAGAAAGCAGUUGCAAGAUUUCCUUUGAGAUGGACCCCCAUACGUUUCGCCUUUCCCAAAUCCCAGCAGAAGAACUAGUUGUUUUGGCCCCAGUGGAUCAGCUCAGUGCCUUUUCUAGGAGAAGAUGCAUAUGGUCAGCCUCCAUGAAAGCUUCAGUAGAAGUGACUACUCUGCUCAUGGACAUUGAAGAGUACAACAGGCAGAUGUUUCGUUCCAACGCUCGUUCUUUGGGAGAACGUCCUUGGCAGACUCUGUUCCAGCUGGGAGAGGCUGCUCAGAGAUGGCUAAGACCACAGGACCGCACCAAAGGACAGAUUGUGGAUGUGGUCAUCUUGGAGCAGUUUCUGCAUGUGCUUCCUUUGGGAAUGCAGGCUUGGGUGAGAGCCAGGAAGCCAAGUACCAGCCAGGAGGCAGCUCAGCUGGCUGAAGCUUACCUGGAGCAACAGUGCCCUGUGGCUUUCCAGGAUGUCGCUGUAUAUUUCACCCCAGAGGAGUGGGACCUUUUGGAUAACGAACAAAGAAUUUUGUAUUACACGGUCAUGCAAGAGAAUUCUGAGAACGUGACCUCCUUAGAGCUCUUAAUUUCCAAACCAGAUCCAUAUCUCCAGCUUGACUGGGGAGAAAUAUCACAGAUGGCUGAUCUCCAGACAAUGAAAGGAAAAGACACUAUUGAUCAAGGGAUUGUAAAUUGUGAGGACGUAACUGCGGUUGAAAAUGUGGAUACAAGAAAGAAUCCUCAUCAAGAGAAGCCUGGAGCAGAGCAAUUUCAUGAACCAUUGCGGUGGGAUGUUUCCUUCAAUCCUAAACAUUCUGAAAAAAUGGGGAUCAAAUCCAGAAGGCGGCAGGAGUUAUCACCGGAGUUAUUACAACUUUCCAAGGCUAACAAGAAAAUGCCUAGAAGUAACUCCCGAUUAGCUACUAUUGCAACAAGAAAAAAAUAUGGAUGUUAUGAGUGUGGAAAAAGGUUUGAUCAGCCGUCACAUGUUAUUAAACACCAGAGGAUCCACACAGGAGAAAGGCUAUAUCCAUGUAAUGAAUGUGGGAAACGUUUUAAUAAGCAGUCUAAUCUUAAUGUCCAUUUACGGCUCCAUCGUGGAGAGAAACCUUAUAGCUGCCCUGAUUGUGGCAAAAGAUUCAAUGCCAAAUAUCAUUUACGUGUACACCACAGGAUACACACAGGGGAGAAGCCUUAUGUAUGUGAAGACUGUGGGAAAAGAUUCCCUGUUAAAGCUUCCCUAAAUAAGCACCAACGAAUCCAUUCAGGAAACCCCAACCCGGUCAUACCAUCUGAGAUCAAAUCAGAAGGCAAUACCCAGGCAGUAUUACCAGAAGUGAUACAGGUGUGCACAGUUCCUGAUACAGAAAAAAUAGUUAAAAUUAUCAGUACCAAUUCCCCAAUAGAGAUAGCAGUGUCAAACAGGAAUUAUGUCUGUUUUGAAUGUGGAAAACGUUUUGAGCGGCCUUUACACCUUACUAAACACCUGAGGAUUCACAAAGGAGAAAGGACAUAUCCAUGUAUUGAAUGCGGGAAACGUUUUAAUAAGCAAUCUAACCUUACUGUCCAUUUACGUCUCCAUACUGGAGAGAAACCUUAUGGCUGUCCUGAAUGUGGCAAAAGGUUUUGUACUAAAUCUCAUUUACUUGGACACUAUAGGAUGCACACAGGGGAGAAGCCAUAUGAAUGUGAAGUCUGUGGGAAGAGAUUCCCUGUUAAAGCUUCCGUAAAUAAGCACCGCCGAAUCCAUAUAGGAGACCCCAAGCUGUCCAAACCAAUUGAGAUCAAAUCAAAAGGCAAUACUCAGGCAAUAUUACCAGAGGUGACACAUGCAAUUCCUGUACCAGAAAACUUCAUCGAAAAUAUAAGUAAGAAGCCCCCAAUAGGAAUUACAGUGUCAGACAGGAAUUUUGUCUGUUGUGAGUCUGGGAAAAGUUUUGAUCAAUCUUCACACCUUACUACACACCAGAGGAUCCACACAGGAGAAAAGCUAUAUCCAUGUAAUGAAUGUGGGAAAUGUUUUAAUAAGCAGUCUAAUCUUAAUGUCCAUUUACGUCUUCAUACUGGAGAGAAACCUUAUGGCUGUCCUGAUUGUGGCCAAAAAUUCAACAUGAAAUCCCAUCUACAAGGACACUAUAGGAUCCACACAGGUGAGAAGCCAUUUCAGUGUGAAGACUGUGGGAAGAGCUUCCGGGUAAAAUCUUGUCUAACUAGGCAUCAGCAAAUCCAUACAGGAGAAAAGCCAUAUAAAUGUCUUUCCUGAGGAAAAAAAAAUCAGCUAAUUAAACACCAGCUGUUUCACUCUGGGAAGAAAAAUUGCAUGUGCUUUGAAUGCAACAGAUCAGAUUUUAUUAAGCAUGAAAGAAUUCACACAUGAAAAAAACCCUUGUCUAUGUUGUUAUAAGCACUGGAAAUGCACUGGGAAAUAUUUCCAUGCAAUUUUUAUAUGAUUAUUUUCCAGGAAUUCACUAAUAACUCUCUUGCAAAUGCUUUUAUGGAGCCAGAGGGAAGCAGUGUGCAUUUGGAACUUAAUUUUGUGUCCAUCUUCUAUAAGAACUGCAGGCCUCUUGUUUAAAAUGCAUUUUUUAGGAUUGGCCUGAAGGAGCUUCAUAAACAGUAGACAUUCCAUGCAAAAGCAUUGAUACCAUGCUGGCUGGCUUUGAUUUUCCUAGGAAUAAAUGGCACUAUCUUCCAGAUAAGUAGUUCUGCACUCCAGGAUAAUCUGAAACUAAGUAAUAGUUAUUGCUGUUCUCUAAGAAAACCUCAUUUGGGACUAUGACAAACCCUUAGAUUAAUUUUGCAUUUGUUUCCCACUCAAGCAUGGCUAUUUUAUGGAAGCUUGUCUUGAAAUGAAUGAGACACUUCAUAAAAAAAUAUUCUAAAUCCAGUAGCGGUAAGGCAGAAGAAGCAUUUAAGACUUGCCUUUUUGCUCAGCGGGAUUCAAAAUGAGAUGUAUGAAAUUUGCACAGGUUGGACAAAAAUCAAAAACUGACAGAUAGAAAUGUAGCUUCCACUUCAAGAUGCUGCUUCGGGAACAUCAGUCGAAAAAGAAAGUCCCCUUCUUCCUGAGUUUUGAUUUCACCCAACAUGCUUAACUGAGUCAUAGAGGUAGAGUGUUGUGUGAACAGAAAAACUGGUAUGAUUGGUGCCCACCCAUUAGCCCUAAGAAAGUUUAUUUUUAAAUCAAGCAGUUCUAGUUUUCUGGAAAUCAAGUAGCGCAUGCGUGAAUAUACAGAACACACAUUGUUUAAGCUGGAUUGUCUACGCAGCUGACCUGAAGGUUAAAUAAUAUGUCUAUCUUCCGUAGCCUAGUGCUAGAGUCAAUUUACAAGACACGAACAUUCUAGGCAUUCCAUCUUAGUGGUUCUUUUGGCUUUUACCACCAGAGUCACACAGAAACACUGAAAAAGAGACAGAACAUAGUAGAUAUUUUCAGGCCCCUAAUGUUGUCCAUGGUGGAUUGGUGGUGAUUAUGCCAGUGCAAGAUCUCCCCUCCAGCAAAACAGAAGCCCAGGAAUCCUGGCCUUUUUGGCAGCAGCUGGGAAGACUUGAUUUAGAUGUAGUGGCCAGAAAGCUGGUGCGCCCCAAGCAAUGAAUGGAAUGGAGGAAAGUAACUGGGUGAAGGACACCAGUCAGCAGGGUUGUCUGAAAAUGAUCACCAGUUUCCACCAAGUCUUGCACUGUUGAGGCUCGCGUACUUUUGUAGAAGUCCAAUGGAGAAUAUUAACAAUUAUUUCCAUUUUCUUGUUCUAUAGUCAUUCUGAUUUUUUUUUUUAGUGACAACUUUUCAAGAUCAGGUAAAGUUGUAAGAAACGAUUUGCCCCAAAAUAAUCAACUGUCAUUUUUUUUUUAAUGCACAUUGAAGCCAGUUAAACAUGGUUUUUCCACUAUCUCCUGCAAUACUGUUUGUUGCUAAGUGCUGCUGUUCAAGGUAGGCUAGAUGUGGGGGUGAUAAAGAAUUGUUACUCUUUUAUUCUGGGUGGGGUGGGGAAUGUGACAUACUGGCAAAAUAAUUAGGCAUUUUCUGAAUAUUUGAUCCACUGAGCCCCAAAGGAAUGAUGCCAUUCCUGAAAUCAAUAAUAAACUGCAUGCAAGGUACAUGUUUUAAGAAUAAAAGAAUAAAAUAUUGUAGUUGCUCCAGCAGUUCUCUGUACGCAGCCUUUCCUGAAUGUGCUUCUUACCUGUAGGUUCUUUAGCUGACUUCAGAUUGCUGGAAAACAUCUUGCUAAAUGUUCAAGGCUUCUAGUCCAGUGAUUUGCCUCAAGAGAGCCUGCUCCUUGAAGUGGGCAUAAUAAAAAGAGAGAUUAAGAUACAGAUAGCUAUAAACACUGGCUAGUUUGCUCUCUUGUGCGGCUAGUCCCUACAACCUUGGUCUGAAACACCCUGUUUUUACCUUCAGAAAGCCUUUAAAAACCUGGAUAUUUUUUUUCUAGGCUUGAGGGCCUGGAUAUUGGCAGGAGCCAUCUUGCAUUCUUGCCCUGGGCUGAUGUGGUUUAUUCUUUGUCUGGCAUCCGUUGGUUCUUGUUGUUUUUCCUAUUAUUUUUAUAUGUAUGUUUCAGACGUUUUGUUGGUUAGUCACCCAGAGCUAUUUGAUAAGAGAAAUCUAUAUAAUAAACUAAUAAACAAGCUAACUCUUGGAGAUGAUUUUCAAUUGACUCUGAACUUUGACUAACUCAUAACCUUUGAGAUAUGAAAAGUCUUUGACGCACUUUGCAUCAGGUUUUAGAAUAUGGAGCAACAAUCCUGUCUUUUAGGACGCCUAAUCUACCAUUGCUGGGAAUCAUAGGUACAGAAUAAUACCAUGGAAUGGAAUUAUGGAAUGUGGGAAAGACCUUGGGAGACAAGAAGAGGCUGCCUAUGGAAUGGCCAGAUAAGAGGGAUCUUAGACUACAGCUGGAUACUGAGUAGAGCAAGAGACUCAGAAAGGACCCUCCUCCCUAGUUUCUCAGGCUAUAAAGGAAAUGUUGGGAGGACUGUACUUUCAUAUUUGUAAGCUUCUGUUAACGUAGCUUUUCUGCUUGUGCUUCCUGUGUGGUCUGCCUGUUAAGGCUGACAUCAUGCGCCAACCAUUCUCCAGCUGCAGGCUAUGCUCUCUCUUAUCUGACUAUUCCCUCGGCUGCAUUUCUUUGCCCCGUCUUCCAAGGUCUGUCACAUAAUGUACUUUAGCUCUUGAUGCUUUCAGGCUUACAGAAGAAAUCUAUUUUCCUGCAGUGUUUCUAGUAUUUCCUCUGCUUCGUUUCUUUCUUUAAUUUAGAAUUGUCACCCCUAUAUCCAUAUGACAGCUUUCAUAACAGGGAAUUUGACAGAAGAGAGCAGAGGGAAGGAUUCUGCAGUCUGAGGAAGAGUAAUCUCAGGCAUUUUUGUCCAGGUGAGGUGUUCGGUCAACUCUUUUUGAAGUAAAUUUAGGAGGCUCAGAAUCCGUGAAGAUAUGAUUGGGAGCUAUGCUCUCUCUUUAUCUGACUAUUCCCUAGACUGCAUUUCUUUAUCCCAUCUUCCAAGGUCUUUCUUGUAUACCAUUGCAUACCAGCAGCAUGUCUCAUGAAAUUAUAAAUCCUAAAGCAGAGAAGGACUUGUACAUUAAUACUGCAGUCCCAAACAUUUCUGGCUCCAUGGACUGGCAGCAGCAGUUGUGGCUGGGGAGGAGAUGGUUUCACAAGCACAGCCUAGUUCUCAUGCAUGUGCAAAUGAAGCUUUGCACACUCGGCCACCCCUUGUCCCAAUGGGCUGCAGCCCAAGUUUUGGGGACCCCUGUAUUAAUGCACCUGAAUGCCUCCCAUUCUGCGGUUUCAAAACUGAGGUAUAAGAAGAUCCUGAAUAUGAAAUUCCUUUGUUGCACUGGGUGUUUUGAGCUGGCUAAGCAUGUCCUUGUCUGGUGCCUGCUACAUAAAGGCACACAUUAAUUAGUUCCCCACAAUGGAACAUCAUCCCCCCUGAAAUUAGAUUGGCUUGGGUCCCUGAGUGUGAAAUAGAGCCCAUUUUUUGAAUCGAUAAUUAUCUGGCUGCUAUGUAUCUUAUUUGUAUUUUUGAUAUUGUGUAUUUUAUGUAUUUUACUUUAUUUUAUUGUAAACCCCCUAGUGUCAUAUAAAAGUGAGAUGGUUGGCUACAUACAUUGAGUGAAUGAAUGAAUGGAUGGAUGGAUGGAUGGAUGGAUGAAUGAAUGAGCAAGGCCAACAGGGCAUGCUGAUCAGGCACAUUUGCAAAUUGAACUGAUUGACUAUAUUUCUUCGAUAACAUCCAAAAUGCUUCUUUGUGUGUGUGUGUGUUUUGUGCUUGUGUUUAUAAAACCCAUCCGGAAUUGAUUAGGAAAAAAAGAUUUAGCAACUUUGCUAAAUUUUCAGGUGCUAUUAUAUAAACUUCUAUUUAUUGCAAUCAACACUAAACUGAUAAUCUCUUAUUUUAGAUGUAUAGUUUAUUUCUACAAAAACUAUUUUAUAACCUUGUACCAUAGUAUUUAUAUUUUCUCACAUACAGUUUAUGUUAGUAUUAUUAUGGAGGUGUAAUAUUUUACAAUAUUAAGCUACAAUAUUAAUCUUCAGUUAUUGUUCAAAUGGAUGUAAUUGUUAUAUCCUCAUGGUUUUAUGUUAUCUUAUGCUGGCCUGUGACCAAAAUAAAGACUCUCAUUAUUGUUGAAAUCAUUCUAGUACAGCCUUCCUGAUGAUCUAUAUUGGUCUAGAGACUCUAGAUCAUUAAGAGUUUGGUUAAACCAGAUUUAGGAAAUAGAUUUAGUUCAUGUUAAUUUAAAGGAACAAAGUUGCCAAUUCUGUUCAUUGCAAAAGAAUAACCAAUAGCUAUUAAUGGCAUUUCUUGGUUCAAAACUUCCUAAAUUAUAUUUCCUCAUGUGAAUGUCUCCAAAUGUAUACACAAUUCCCAUCUCUUUCUUUCGGGGAAGAAAUUGUUGUGCAACAAAGAGGGCAAAUAUGUGUGAUGGGUCUCAUUUUGCAUGCUUGCUUUUAUCUGCACAAAAUAUUAUAUAUAUAUUAUGUUUCUUGUUCAUGAAAGGCAAAGAAGUAAGAGUUAGGAACAUCUAUAUGUAUUUGUUUACUACUACUACUACUACUGCUGCUGCUACAGUAAGAACAUCAAUUAGAAGUAGGGCUACUAGAUAAACCCUCUAACUUCUUUUUUUCAAAAUUCUCUUAACCUGUCUGUUCUAUCCUUUCCUAUUGGUCAAUGGACACAUGUGAUGUCACAGCCCUCUUUAUUCUCCUAUGUGGGAGAGGGAGAGCUCACAAUACUUAUUAUGAAGUGUUGGGCUUUUCGGGUACUACUGUUAACUCUCAAGGUAAAGCAUUGUUCUAGCUGACCAAUCAAAGGGCAAAGGACUGGUCCCUCAUUUGAAUACAAGUCAGUAUAUCACAGAAAAGGGAGAGACAUUAGUGAGGCACUUAUCACUACAAACUUCAGGUGAGCAUAAGCACAGAAGAUUGAAACAAUGGCUAUUGUCCAAGCCCAGAAAAAGUUACAACCUCAGAAGAAAUUGAGACAGAAACAGAAGAGGAAACAAGGAAGAAAUCGGCAACGAAGGAACUUGGCAAUCAGUCAAAUCAGGAAAUGUGAGAGUUUUGAGGCUAAGAUUUUGCCACCUCUUUUCCUUUCCCAACGAAAGAUGCCUCUGUCAAUGAAGGGGAAUAAAAAGGCAGUCUUUGCACAACGAUACCUCCUGGCAACACAAGACGGGGAGCAACAGUGCUACCUCAGCAAUUACGUGUCCUCCCAAGCCAGCAUGGGCAUCAGUGAGGUGUAUCCAGCAAUUGUGUGGCAAUGCAAGCCCCCUGUGGUGAAAUGGCCGGUGACGGUGAGACAUCAGCAGCAAAGUGCCCUCACCACCCACUUGUGCCAAGAUGACCCACAAAGAUAUGUCUUCAGCAGUGCCGUACCCUCACCAGUUAUCUGUGGCAAGAUGGGGACCAAACUCUGCACUCUCACCACUAAAGAUCUUCAGUACGAAGUGAAUGAGAUGAUAUCCAGGCAGUUGAUACCAUGCUUGUUUGCCAGUGACCCUAGCAUCUCUCCUUAUUAGCAGAGUCAUCACGUCCUUCCUCCCUGGCUGGCCUAAAUUAGUCUCUGAAGGAGAGAAGGAAGAGUACAAGUGGCCAGCCUGAGAAAAAUCCCAUCUUUCACCCAAUGGAAAACCAUCUAAGGUACCUCCCAAACCCAAUCAUUUUAUGACAACAAUCUUGCCACCUACAAUAGUCAAGGAAUAUAGCAGAUCUUCACACAGAAUGGCCUUGAGAAGGAAAAUCAGCCAAGCAGAGGACACAGUUUUCAUUAGAAAAAGAUCUUACUCCUCAGGGUGUUGUACUUCCAAACAUUCAUAUUGUGACUGAAGAAUUUCCCUUCAGAAACAGCAAAAGCAACUAGUUAUUGACAUACAAAUAAAAUGGGAUUUAGAAUGAGUGA